AUGGGCGUGGCUUAAGGGGCGUGGCCACGGGCGGGCUUCCUGCGGGCGCCUUUGCGCUGACCCCCGGCAUGGCGGUGAUGGGGGUGCAGGUGGUGGUCACCCUGCUGGCCGCCAGCCUGAUGCAGAAGCUGGCCCCGCACUGCUCCUUCGCCCGCUGGCUGCUCUGCAAUGGCAGCCUGUACAGGUACAAACACCCCACGGACGAGCAGCUGUGCGCCCUGGCUGGGAAGCAGCGCCCCAAAACCAGGAGGGACAGGAAGAUGAACGGGGUGACCGAGGACAAACCCCUGUCCGUGCCCCGCGACAUCGACCUGCAGCUGGACACCAGCCCCAUCACCGCCCUGGACGCCCUGGUGCUCAGGUACUUCCUGGAGUACCAGUGGUUCGUGGAUUUCGCCGUCUACGCCAGCGCCGUGUACGUUUUCAGCGAGGGCUAUUUCUGCCUGGUCAGCCCUGCCAGGGAGACCAACCUGGGCGUGCUCUGGUGCCUGCUCAGCGUCCUCUUCUCCAUCAAGGUGUUUUUCACGGUGAUGUGUCACUAUUUCCGCUCGGAGGAGGGCGGUGAGCGCUCCGUGUGCCUCAGCUUCGCCUUCCUGUUCCUGCUGCUGGCCAUGGCGGCGCUGGUGGUGCGGGAGGACGUGCUGGAGUUCGGCCUGGAGGCAGGACUGGCCGCAGUGACCACUAACCUGGAGCCCUUCCUGAAGCCCCGGGGCUGGGAGUGGACGCUGCCCCUGGCCAGGCUGGCCUUCAAGCUGGCCCUGGUGGCGCUGAGCUCGUUCCUGGGCGCCUGCCUGACCUUCCCGGGGCUGCGGCUGGCACAGACACACCUGGACGCGCUCAGGAUGGCAGGGGACAGGCCCCUGGCACAGCUCCUGCUGCACGUCGGGUUCGUGGCCCCAGUGCUGGUGGUGCUGCUGUGGGUCCGGCCCCUGGCCCGGGACUUCCUGCUGCAGGCGCCGCUGGGCAAGCAGAGAGUGCAGCUGCUGUCGGACUCGUCGUUCGAGACGCUGCGGCUCUGGGCCGUGGUGGGGCUGUCGCUGCUGCGGCUGCUGGGCACGCGGCAGCACCUGCAGGCGUACCUGGGGCUGGCCCCGCGCUGGGUGCGGCUCAUGCGGCGCGGGGCCGGCAGGAUCCCGGCGCUGGAGAUCCAGCAGAAGAUCACCAGGAUUUACUGCUACGUGUCCGUGGUCAGCCUGCAGUACCUGGGCCCCGUGAUCCUGAUGCUGCACUGUGCCCUGCUGCUCAAAACGCUGGGUCACCACUCGUGGGGGCUGUACCCCCCUUCCCCCGCCGUGCCCCCGGCCGUGUCCCCGCCGUCCCCGCGCCCCCCUGGGGACGUCCCCGCCGUGGCCCAGGAGCUCUCGGGGCUGCUGAGCUGCAUCUUCACCCCUCUGCUGCUGCGGGGGCUCUUCUCCUUCCUCACCUGGUGGGUGGCCGCCUGCCAGGUGGUCACCAGCCUCUUCGGCCUCUACUUCCACCAGUACCUGGCGGCCUCCUGACUGGGAGGGGCUGGCAGGGACUGGGCUGUGCUGUGACAAUGACCUGUGGGGACCUUGGUGCCACCAGGAUGGGUUGUCCCCUCAUGGGGACGCUGGGCCAGCAGCCCCUGGCGCGUUGGGGACACGGUGGGGACCCCAGAGUGGCAGCUGUGCGGAUUUUGGGGUGUUGUAGGGUGUCGGUGUCACCCCCUGUGUGACACCCUCGGGGGUGGCUGCUGCACAAUAAAUGAGUGACAGCGGUGGUGUUGUCACCCAAACAAC